GAAGAUGUGGCUGCCGAAGACGCUUGUGGUGAUGGCAGUGAUGAGCUCAAUGAGCGUGGUGGUGCAUUCAUCACAAACAGUGAUGAGAGAAAUGACAAGGAAUUUCAUAAAAGCCUACGAAGUGUGUGCAAAAGAGUACAACCUGCCCGAGGCUACAGGAUCAGAACUGAUCAACUUUUGGAAGGAGGGCCACGAGUUGACGACUCGCGAAGCAGGAUGCGCCAUCCUCUGCAUGUCGACCAAGCUGAACUUGCUGGACGUUCAGGGGAGUGUGCACCGCGGGAACACUGUUGAGUUCGCCAAGCACCAUGGCUCUGACGACGCAAUGGCUCACCAAGUGGUAGACAUUCUCCAUGCUUGCGAAAAGGCUACACCUAACGAGGACAAGUGCAUGUUGGCGUUAAGCAUCGCCAUGUGCUUCAAGGCCGAGAUACACAAGCUGGACUGGGCCCCCAACCACGAGCUGAUGUUUGAGGAGUUGGUGUCCGAUAUGUGGAAUUCGUGAUUUAUAAUUUUUUACAUUUAUUAGAUUUUUUUGCUAUGUUUAGUUGAGGUAGUUUAUUCUUUUAUCCAUUAAAUCGAAUGUGUUAUUUUAAAUUAAAUAAGAAGAUUCUAAAAAUAUUUUUCCCGUAGUACUCAAUUAAGUAGUUACUAGGUGAUGGUAAUAGAAUAGUUAUA